AUAACAAUGGAAAACAAGGGGAAAUGCAAGAUAUGAUGGACUGUACGGAUUGCCCAGGAUGUUGCGCAUGGCGACCUUAUUAUCGAAGUCAAUGCGGAUAAAUCCGAAAUGGAGCAUGCUUAUUUUCACACACGAACACAUGGAGUUUUUAAAAAACUGGAAUUAUCCUUGAAUUUAAAAGAAAUGGAGCUGUUCAAAGCUAACUAACUAAUGUAGGAUUCCUGGGUCAACUGAAGAAAAGAACUACAGGCUUCGAGCUACACACUACAAACUCCCCAGCAAAAUGCCGCAAAAGACAAACGGACACUCCUAUGGCAUGGAAGACGGAGCCACAUUCCUGUUCACUUCCGAGUCCGUGGGCGAGGGCCAUCCAGACAAAAUGUGCGACCAAAUCAGCGACGCUAUCUUGGACGCCCAUCUGAAGCAGGAUCCCAACGCAAGAGUGGCGUGCGAAACCGUCGCUAAGACUGGCAUGAUCCUGCUGUGCGGCGAGAUCACAUCAAAGGCCGUGGUCGACUAUCAGAAGGUUGUUCGUGAAACAGUGCAGCACAUUGGCUACGAUGACUCCUCCAAGGGUUUCGAUUUUAAAACGUGCAACGUCCUCUUGACAUUGGACCAACAAUCGCCCGAAAUAGCUGCCGGUGUGCAUGUCAACCGCGCCGAGGAAGAAAUCGGUGCCGGAGAUCAGGGCAUCAUGUUUGGAUAUGCCACCGAUGAGACCGAGGAGUGCAUGCCCCUCACGGUCGUGUUGGCCCACAAACUGAACGAGAAGAUUGCUGAGUUGCGUCGCUCGGACGUCUUCUGGUGGGCUCGCCCCGAUUCGAAGACACAAGUCACCUGCGAGUACCUCUUUAAUCGGGGAUCAGCUGUUCCCAAGCGGGUCCACACCAUCGUAGUGUCCAUGCAACACUCUGAGAAGAUUUCGCUUGAGACCCUGCGCUCGGAAGUAAUGGAGAAAGUAGUGAAAGUUGUAAUUCCCGCCAAAUACAUUGAUGCCAAUACCAUUGUGCACAUCAAUCCCUGCGGUCUCUUUGUCAUCGGUGGACCAAUGGGUGACGCCGGGCUAACGGGCAGGAAAAUCAUUGUGGACACCUACGGAGGUUGGGGCGCCCACGGCGGUGGUGCCUUCUCUGGCAAGGACUUCACCAAGGUCGACAGAUCUGCAGCAUAUGCAGCCCGCUGGGUGGCCAAGUCACUGGUUAAAGCUGGUCUGUGCAAGCGCUGCCUGGUCCAAGUCUCGUACGCCAUCGGUCAUGCCGAGCCUCUUUCCAUAACCGUGUUCGACUACGGCACAUCCCACAAGUCACAAAAGGAACUCCUGGAAAUCAUCCGGCGCAACUUUGACCUCAGGCCCGGCAAGAUUGUCAAGGACUUACACCUGCGUCAGCCGAUAUACCAGCGCACCAGCACUUAUGGCCACUUUGGUCGUGCCGGCUUCUCGUGGGAGGAGGCAAAGCCUUUGGAGACUGACAACUGACUAGACGCUGACGCGCCGCUUCCGCAGUCACCAUGUGCUAAAAGGUCGAAGACAUCGUUAUCGCCAUCAGCGUCAACAUCAACAGAAACCACAACACCAACGUAAUUUUUAGUUUCGUUUUUAAAGUUAAAAGUCGGGAAGCUAGCCACAUAGGCCAUCGUCCUGCUUUGGGCUUUCGUUUCUUGAAACCAAUUUGAUGUGUGUAGUCUUCUCACACAACACUAGUUGUAGUCGUCAUACUACCCCCAUAUAUAUACUUAAUAGAGGGCUCCAACACAAUUGAUGAGCUUUAGUUAUACAUAUACAUAGUAUAGAGUCGCUCAGUUUUGUUAUCACAAAAAUUGAAGAAGUAGUUAGUCUGCCCUUCAAAUACCCCAAAAAUGUAAUUCAGUUGGCAUCUAUUGAAAUUGUAUAAAACUAAUAUCCGUUGCCUGGAAAUUGUGCACCAUUCGCAUGCCCUAAUUGUACACAUAUUUUUGUAUCUUUUAAUAUUGCUAUAUGUUGUCGUAUGCGUUGUAUAUGUUUAACCAAAAGUUUUUAAACAACUCGAUUGUAUGUAAAUUA